AUGCUUGCACCCCUGCUCGCGUUGACCUUUCAGUCAGCUCACCCAGGUCGCAUCGCAACUGCGCAUCCAUACCUGCAAGCAAGCACGUAUGCACAAACCACAACAAACCGCAAACUUUACAAGACCAUUAUAUCUGACAUUCUGACAUUAGUUAAGGGUGAUUGUCACUGCGCUCGUGCGCUGGAAGUCGCAACGUCGCAGCGCCCCAUCGAUCGUGUUGUCGAUCGACACCAUGAGCCGGGCUUGGACACAGACUACGAUGCCCAGGCCUUAUUUGCGCUCCAGCACUGUCUCGCCACUGUACUCAACGAAGACGAUGGCGAUGAGGAACAGCUCUUCGACACCAUUGAGCCCAUCUAUCAGAACCGCUUUCGCUUGAGUGCUAGGCAGGAGCGUAGCCCAGAGGCAAACGAGGCGACAGAGUUCAGAUCAGGUCUUGCUGCUACAUCACAGCGCACCGAGUUUGAUCUCAAUCAGCCUCGCACCCUUCAUCUUGGUAGCAACAUUGACUUGGGGGCUCUCAAUGGUGCCCCGCCAAUCCUGCCCCUCCCUGACUACCUCUUCCAAGCGCAUGCCUACCGCCUCGUCAUUUCCCUGGACGUCACCACGAGCAUGGCUUGCGUUGACCUCAGUUCUGGCGAAGUGCUCUUGGAUCGCAUGCAAACCAUCCUGCGUGCCUUCCUGACCAAACUCGUGGCACAGACCCCGUCCAGUGCCUCACCCACGACCGACACGAGCAACAGGGGCUCAACCGCCCCCGAGACCUCCCCUAGCAACCUGCCUGCUCUACACCUUACUGUUCUUGUCCAGUCCCAUCCGCAGCUACAGCCCCUGCACUCGGUGCGCACCAUCAUCCAAGAUAACGCCUUGACGCCAGACACGCUGGAAGACAUCCUACAGCGCAUUGCAACAGAGCUCUGCGUCAUUGAGCAGACGCUCUCCGAGGCUGGUGGCCCGAUUCCCGAGCCUCCACCCUUGCCUUUGCAACCCGAAAUGUCCAAGCGCGUUUUUGAUCAUCCCCGGACCUCUAAAAUUGUGCGCCAAGCCGUCCCUCUUACCCUUUCUGAAGCUCAACGUGAUAAUUCCUUCAGCAAAGCCCUCCGUAACGGCCUCUUUGCCCUCUCCUUGCUGCCUGACGAGGCUAGCCCGGUUCUGAUUGUACUCACAGACGGCUGCGUGUCCAUUCCGUCGCAAGAGGUCCUGGACACGGUCUUCUCGCGCUUUCAAAACCUUUCAGCGCGCGGUGUUUUUGUCCAUGUUGGGGACACGGCCUCCAAUUGCGACUUUGGCCGCAUGCCGGAUUCAGAGCUCAUUGAACAUCUGGCGCACGCAACUGGUGGUGUUGUCAUAACUGGCGAUGCCGUGCUCAGCGAGGCCACUGACACAUCAAAGCAAGUGCCUUUACCAUGGUGCAACAAUGUCCAACGCGCCGUCUUUUUGCGUUCGUACCAUGCGCUCGCGGUCCCUUCCGAUCGUAAACAGAGCAGCACCAUGCCGAUUCCAGAGGAGAUUAUGCACCUGCUGCCCCUCAAAUCAGACGAGACCACGUCCGUACCCUCCUUUGCUGCCCUUCAUCUUGAAGCACAACCCCUUACGCGCAAAAUCAAAUCCUAUGUUAUGGCAACCAACAUUCAGCGGGUUUUCGAGCACCGCAUCCGUCAAGGCUUCCGGAUCUCUCACCUGGAUAUUGAUCUGGGUCAUCGGCGUGCUCGAUAUGCCGCCAAAAGCCACGGGCCACCGCCUUUGAACAAGCUGCCGGAAGAUUAUUUGGCAGUUGUGAUGGAGCUUGCGUACAAAGAAAAUGUUGUGAUAAUCUGCACUCUGAUGGCGCGCUUGUCAACCAUGUUGGGUACCGCAACGUCCACCGAUACGCCCGCCUUUACUCGCGUGCGAUUCCAGAUCCGAGCAACGCACGACUUUCACCACCUGGUUCAUCAGGUGUCCAAUCAAGCAGGUGCUCUAUCUGCCAAGGACACCAAGCUUGCUACUGCCAUUCAGCUCCUUAGUCACCUCAACGGCCUGGAAAGCAGCGACCAAAAACUUGUCUUUUUCCAAUCGUAUACCAUGGUGCCCGAAAUCCUUACCCCAAAACCCGAGGCCUUGUCGCGGUCCUCCGCUUUGUUCAUCCGCACGGCCACGGGCGAACUACAACUGCCUGAGAGUGUGGCUGCCCAUCUCGACAUGGCCUCUUCUGCUGGCGCAUUCUGGAACCUGGUUGCUGGCCUUGACGAGAGUGCUUUAAGUCAAUGCUUGCCGCAACGUCAACUCUUUUUCCUCUUGCGACCCGACAAUUACGGCUUACCUGGCACAACUGGCAUAAAGGCGGGCAAGUGCGAAGAGCAUACUUUCCACGACGCUGAGGCCCAAGCGCACACGCUAUUGGCUGCGUGGUGCACCUUCCGCCUGCUGGAUAACAGCUAUGUCCGCUUGGUCUCAGGCAGGAGGGGCAUGCCCAACGUGCUCGUCCUCCACACCAAAUUUGACGGUGGCCUCCUCGUACUCACCUUGAACACACUCAUUGUGGACCCGCAUGACCGAUUGCAACAAAUUGCCUACCUGCGUCAAAUCUUUGACAGCCAGCCCAUGGCCACGGCCGACGCCAGCCAUCUCGACCCAGCGGUGAACCCAGCGCCUAGCACAAACCCAUAUGACCCAUCUUCUUCCCUGGCUGCCACCUCCACCGGCAGCACUUCUGCCUCGACGGCUCCAGUGACGGGACUGACGGAUACUUCGCACUCUGCCUUUCCGUUUUCACCGACAGGAGAUAAAGUUGAGUUUUUCCCCAAGCAAACUCAACCCACAGCCUUUUUCCGUCGCGUCAUCAAUGCCCACCAAGAACCCGUGCUUUUUACGCCCUACUUGCUUGUCCCUGUUGCGCACAAGACGGUGCGUGUGCUGGCUGACUACAAGCGUCUGCCAUCCAAUAUGACCUCAUUUGGCGGCAGUCACAAGCCAGACCGUGGGGCUGCCCUGCGCGUCAUCUCUUCUUUGGCGCAACAACGCUGGGUCUUUGCUCUGAGCAGCAAACAUGGUCGUCUUGGCCGGCCAGCCGUCGUGACUCAACAACUUCUGACGCGCCGCCUGCGCGAAGGAUUUUUGCUCGUGGAGAGCAAUCGAGCCUGCUUGUCGUUGGUACGCGAGCUCGCAAUCCGUCGCCCAUCGGGCGAGGUUGGCACGUUAUCUGUGCAGUUUAUUCUCUUUCAGCGCACUUACGACGUUGCUGCCAUGGAAGCCUGGGCCGAGCCCGAGGCCGGUGUUGUGCUUGAUGAUCCUUGUAACCCACUUGCCUUGGUGGGUAAAUCCUGUGCCAACGUGGUCCAGAGCGUCUUUGAGCAUGAUCUGGCCCUGAUUGCGGCUCUCAGCACCUUUGACACGCUGUACGAGCGUCUCUGUAAUAUCGUUCAGGCGGACAACAAGCCCUUCGGCCCGCUGGAACCGCCAUUGUUGACCGAACAGCAGACGUUGUAUGACAAGCGUGCUGGUGCCACUGUGCGCAUUUUGCCGCCGCAAUUCGAUAUUGUUGCUCUUUUGCACGUGGCCCAACAACACAAUUUUGCGCUUCGCUCGUUUGAAGCCAGCUCCUCCCGUGAUGCUGCGAAGAAAGGCGGUGAAUCGAGCGCUGAAAGUGGAGCUGAGACCGCAGUUGAGCGCACCUCAGUGGAUCUUCAUCAGCAAAAAUUGGAUGGUCUGCAAGAGGAGCCACCGCAACUUGAUGCCCUCGCACCGGGAACCUGCCUCGUGAGCGCGCACAACCUCCUGGUUGUGCAGUUUUUGGCUCAUCUAGAGCAAAUGACCGAUGCGGAGCUCAAGCUCAGUAGUAAGGAUCAGGGCAACUUGCGUGCCAUGCUGGGGAACGACGAGGCCUUUGACAGAAGUGACACGAACGUACCGGGAGCCGACGGCCUGUACCGUUGUUUUCUUAAGCUGGACGAGCACGAUACCAUGUUGAUUUACGUGAUCGAGGAGGCGACAAAUCGCGAAUGCUUGCAUCAUACCACAAGUGAAGCGCGGCGAUGCUGCAUUCUGCCCAUGUUCUCACCCGACACAACUGCGACAACGCCACACGUCGAUUCGACGCCUGGCCCUGCAAGUGAGAGCUCAUUGGAUGAUGCGACGGCCGAUGACAGUGUGCCAGGCGAGGAAAGUUCUCGUCCCAACCCCAAAAGUUCCAGACGGAGCGUGAAUGAAGCUAGCCCGGGCUCGCCAGCACCGCGGUCACCCGCUGCUACCGUAUCGCAUGAGACGGUGGCACACCGCAGCUGGCGCAUUUUUUGCUUUGCCUGCUCCUCGGCUCAGUUGUUGGAGUCGGCUCCCUCCUGCGCUCCCGGUGCACCCUCUUCCUUUGAUCUUCGAUCUGCAACCCUGCCAGAGCUGCUGUAUGACCAUGGCAAGCGUGACUACCGCACCGCAGCAGGUGUCGGCAAGGCUCAAAAAGAAGGUGCCUCGCCCACCGGGACCGCCGAGCAGGCGCACGGGCAAACACUUGAGCCCUCUGUAUCAGAGCGCAGUGAACCUCACUCGCGGCGUGAACCAGGCCCAGGCCCUCACGUUGUAGCGGACAACGGUCCAGGCAGUACGGCGGCUGGAUCAACCGCCCCUCGAAACCAAGGCCUGCUCGACAUGCCUGUGGACAUGGUGGCGGUUGUUCGGACAGCCUUUGCCCGGGCCUUUUGCGCCGCCGCGUUUGUUCGGAUGCAGCAGCGCCUCUAUUUGCACGACGACGACUUGAGGGAGGCUCUCGCAUGCUGCGACACCCAAAGUCGCGCCUCGUCGCUAACUGACCUUGUCAUCGAUCUGGAGCGGUGGCGUGAUCACGAGGUGGCGCCAGGCUACCAGGCGCGUGACCUGGGCUUUGACGUGCGCCGUCGCUUUGCCGCCAUUCUCGAACAAAAGUUUGCUUUUGCCAGCACGAUGGAAGUCGACAAUCUUUUCUAUCGCGAGCAUCCGCAUCUCAACAUAGCCGUGGCCUCCCCCCGCAUCGUUCUGCCAACCGCAGCGCAUGAUGAUGGCGAGGAUAGCUUGUCUCGCACGACGAGUGUCGGGGUAGGGGCCUCUCCCGCUCUGACUUAUCGCAGCGUGGGCCCUAGCCAUGCCGUGGGCUCGACGAGUCUAGGCGCGCUGGCAACUUUUGCUCUUCAGGGAGCGCAGGUACCGGUCAAUUUGGACACACGCACCGAGACUCAGGCCAGCGACCAAGCCUCCAAUACCUCAUUAGACGACGACUUUGAUUUCGAGCAAAGUGCGCUUUUACGCGUCCAGCCCAUGUUCUUGGAGCUCUGGCUUCAUGUUACGAUCAAGGGUGGGUCGCGCGUUAUCAACGCACCCGUUCGCCACCUUGCGCUGCGCUUGGAGGACAUGCCACCUGAGCUGCAAUACGCCUCUCUGGACGAUCUGGAGGAUGUGGGCAUUGAGCUGCGCUUGAAAACACUGGCACCACUUACUUAUCAGCGGACAGGCACUUUCUUGGCAAGCAGCGCCCAUGGGAACAGCGGGGCGAUGCGUUUUCUCGCCGACUUCCAUCGUCAGUGUGAAUGGCUGUUUCGAGACGAGCGCUUGUCUUUGCAGCGCUGUGCCUUCAAGCCGGAGCGCACCUACUGUCGGCAGCUUGUACAGCAUUUGCGCGAGGCACCGCCCGUGCACACGCUGGCGGGCAUUGAGACUCACGAGCUGCGGCUGCCGCGCUUGCAAUCUGUGUCACGGCUUUCGGCAGAAAAGGUCUUGCACAACGAGUUUUGCCUCGGUUUCAUUCCCACGCUGCAUCACAUGCGCAUUGGUGACUACAUCGUGCUUGUACCCGCUGAGUAUCUUCCUGCUCGACCCCGCAACUCGCCCCCUGCAGCCGCCGCCGCCGCCUCUGGACGGAGCUUGCACGAACUCUUGCGCUGGUGCCGAGAAGAGCCCGUGCCCUUCUGCCGGCCACCGGAGGACAGCGGAGGCGUAUGGUGCCUGUCUGAAGAGCAAACCUCGUGGGACACCAUUACACGUCCGGAGGUGGACAUUUCACAUCACUAUCAGCUGCGACGCGAGGAAAGUCCGGCCUCGCUGCCUUUUAUGCUCAUGUUCCGCCUGCACCAUGGUGCGAUUGAGGUGGUGUUCCACACGCGCAACGAAGAGUUGCACCCCAUCGAAGAGCGAGCCAAGCAGUCCGUGAAUAAAAUCAUCGAGCUCAUCUUUCACCGCGUUAACCAGCAAAUGCUGUUGGCCGACGCAGAGCAAACGCACUCGGCGUCACCAUUGGUGCUGAGCCCAUCCUGGUUGCCAAAGAUUACACGACGUGAGCAGUAUAGCCCACCGUCUGAGACCGAUACCAGCCUCUCCGUCGUGCGCGUUCAUCAAUAUGAUGAUUUGUCCGCUGGGCGUGGUGAGGGCCGACGUGCUUCAGUCAGCUGGGGUCGAUCUGUUACCGAAGAUGCAUCUUCGCUGCAUUUGAUAGGAAGUGAGCCCGCAGAGACGGCCUCGGAGUACGGCCGACCCAGCUCUGUGCUUGAGCCGGACCACUACUUUCCACCCGGUCACUACGCUGGCAAUCUGCUUUAUCGCUGCGCUUUUAAACUGCAUCCCCGCUUGCCGGCUCAGGAGGCCCUCUCCGUUGCCGUCAGCUGCCUCGAGACCUUCCAACUCGUGGAGGAGCCAUUGUGGUUUUUCUUUCGCGAUGAAGACACCGAUGCCAUCCAUCUCUUACACGUCACAACCUCCACGGUUGAGCAGCAGGCUCUUGAGGCAGAUACUAUGGCUUUGCGCAGCGCCUCUCAGAUUGCGGCACGCCCCGAUGAGCCUCCUGUUCUCCUCAACGGAACCGAGGUGCGCACUGUUGAGGUGACCAGCGUCUAUUCCGAUGAUCAGAGCCUGGUCAGUGGUAGUUCUGGAGCAAGGGCCAAUGGCACCCCAUGCCUGGCCCUAUACGUCUUUGGGCAUCGUUGCGUGAGCAGCUCCGUGCACCAGAAACUUGUCAAGAUGAUAUCAGCGCGGUUGGACGAGAGUAUUCAAUUUGUUUUGUCUCUGCAGCUCCUGCGCAACCCCAAGUCACGCCUGAGCUCCUCUGAUCUAGAUUUUUUGCGGCCCAGCCCAAGACCCUCACAUUGUUUGCGCUGGGCUCUGCCUCGCGCCGUGUGUGACGAACGAGUGUUUCUUCUACUGCUCAAGCACCAACUCAAGAUGUUUUUGCUUCGCUUGCACCUCGGGCCGUCAGCAGCCAAACGCGAAGCUGCCAUUGCGGAAGAUGACGCAAGGCCCGAUUACUGUGUUGAUCCACGCCGCCGCUGGGCCCACAUGCCUUGGACGCAACACGCCUACCUGUACAACAAGAGCGAUGGGUCAAGCCGCCUUGGCAAGCCCAGCCGUGUGAUGUCGGACGACGGUCACGGCCUCGCACUAUUGACGGUCAGCACGCGUGAGGCUGAGGCCCCUGACAUGGACGCUGAACUUGUGGAAGACCGAGCCCACUUUUUUGCCAUGCUGGAGUCAGCGUCGGACAAGGCUUUGGCCGAGGCGUCCCUCAGUGAGUACCGCCGGGAUGCCCUCAACGAGCUUUUGGGCGCCCAAGCCAUGCUCUUGAGGCCAGCGCUGGAGGCCAACGAUUAUGCACGGUCUUUGAUCACCAUUCCCUCACCACACGAGCCUGCAGCCGAUACGCGUUACCUACAACUCGAUAUCUGGAGCCAUGGCACGGGCCUGCGACCCGAGCCUCUUUUGCGGCGCUUGCUUCAGUCCAUGGCCUUUGCCUGUAUUGACUAUGCCCUCGAGAUGGUGAUUCAGGUGCACAGUCCGGUGCGCUACCAACUACCAUCCAUGCCCGUGGCAGAUUUGGGCGAUGCGACUAAUGGCCGCAGCGCAGGGCCAAGGGUCAUUUCCAAGCGGGAGGCGCGCAGCUUUGGUAAUCGACGGCGGAGUCAUUCGGUGCCGGACCCGGCUCAGACGAGCGCUGUGCGACUUGUUCUGAAUGAUCUGGCUGCCGUUGAGGGAGCUCGCUUGUUGGCAAGUUGUGAAGCGGCCUACUACGCAAUCAGCACUCAUCGAUAUGAGCUGGAAUCUACCACUCGCCAGGAUGCCCUUUUGCACCGGCUGCGUCGCCACCUUCGGAAGUACAAUGCCGCUCUCUUUGUGGGCACGACGGAGCUUCACUUGCAGCAGGAGUUGGCAUACGAAACCACAGAGGAUCGCAAAGCCGUCAUCGUCCUGGGAUCCAGCCCGGCUCUGCUGCUGGCUGCGCAGCAACAGGCGCUGAUGCUGGACACCCGUCUCUCAGCGCCGAAUCCGAGUUUGGGCACGCCGGGUGUGGGCGCUCGAAGCGGUGGGGUCAAGGGAAGCACUCCCUCCGGACCUGCAAGUGCCGAAUCCACCAGCUUGCGUCGCUCAGAAUCGACAGACUCAGAGGAAGGCGCCAAGCGCCAUUCGCACGGUUCAGCGCAGGGUGGGCGCGGUCUCGCUGGUCUCGGACGCCGCGGGGGGAUUGACCGAUCCCGAUUUCUCGGUCGCCAGGGUCGCAAUUUUCCUCCAGGCGCUGCACCCACCGCUAAUCAGGCACAAGGUCCUGUCAAACCAAUGGACAUCAUUCUCGGGAAAGGCAGUCAGGGAUCUUUACUCGUGGACGGUGCGCGGCAUUGGCUGGUCAUGCUCACGGUGGGCGCGGACUCUCUUACGGCCUUGGCGUACAAUGCACAAUCGGACUUGUUGUCAGAUAUCGACGGUAUCGUUCGCAGUCAGGUCAGCUGGACAAACGCACGCGAGGAAGCGGCAGCGGGUGUGGUCCUCAGCAAGUUGGGGUUGCCAGCCCUGGUGACCACACACCAUCUGCGCUCUCAAUUAGCCGAGGGCAAGCUGACCGACCUUCUACGACAUCCAUCCCCGCCUGCACAGCGUGGAAGCAAUGGCGUUGCAGCAAUGGCAGCAACGUUGGCGGCAACAGGGACCACUUCGUCAGGUGCAGCAUCAUCAACAAUGGCGGCGCCCUUGGAAGAGGAUGGUGCAGGGGGAGCGCUCACAUCGGAUGAGCGUCGGGACUGGCCCACCGAUUUCUUUGAUGUUGUGCGUCAACAUCCGUCAGCGCCCUUGCGAGUGUCUGCAGCACGGGACGUGGUCAACCAACAAGGCUUACAUUUACUGGCACUCCAACGAGCGGACACGCUUGCUCGCCAGCGCUGGAUUACCAUUCGGCGCAAGCACAUUGAGUGGCGCGAGAAAAGCAAACGACGCGAACAAAGCAUCAAAACGGGCGGUUACCCCGAGCCAGUUCCCUUUGUGCAAGAUUUGCUCGCAUGUAUGCGGCAUUCGCAUUAUUGCGCCAGUCCCAUCUUGCCCCGCCUGCAGCAUGACGGUGAGGGUGAAACAAUGCAGACCGUGCUCCCGGCUCGCGAGGCUCUAGCACAUCGUCUUCAGCUGGACAAGGCUCGCGAUAUCUAUGUGCACUAUGCCGAGCAAACCUUGGGGUUUGCACAAACUCUGCGCACAAAAGACGCUUCGUUACCGGAGCUGCGCAUCAAAGCCGCAUCGACGCCCCACGCCGAGGUGGAGCUGGAUGCGCUGGAGACUGGACACAUGUUUUUGCAGCGCUGCAGCAACUACCUGGAGGUGCGCGGGGCAAUUGUGCUUGAAGUCUUUGGUCGAGGUGCUUUCCUCUUCGUGCGCAUGUAUAGCAUGCAUCGCUUGGGCUUUUUAUCACAGAUGGGGGAUGUGACCUACGGUGCCGAACGUGCACAGGAUGCGCACCCACGCGAGUUUACUCGGCGCUGCGGUGAUUUGCAGGACGACAUGCAUGUGCAUUCUCUUGCCUUUGAUUUUUCCGUUCGCGAGAUCAACCGCCUGUUGGAUGACAUGAGCACCCCGUUUUCCGUGCCGCAACUUCUUGAGAGUCUUGUACGAAAGCACCCGAAGCCACCGCGAUUUGCGCACAACUUUGCAGGUUGCAGGCUUCUCAGCCCAAGCGCAGUGUUGUUGCAGGGGCGAGAACAUCUGACGCCACGUUGCCCACUCAUGCGGAUCGCGGAGAGUGUUGCCAAGGAAUUUCAGAUGGAGCCGGACGAUCUCAUGGCGCGCGCACCGCAUGAUGACCGGCUCCUCAGUCGGCUGGAGCAAGAACUACCCUCGGAGCUCGUGGUGGAGGCCCUCAUGAUCCGCAUCUUGUCCGAGCCAGAGCGGUACAAUCUAGUGUUGCGAUCCACCAGUCACUCUAGUCGACACUUGCUGUUCAUUCGGCCACAGGGCGAUCGCCGUCUCGAGUGUGCUCUGGUUGUAUUGGUGGACCCACUCAAGCUGGCUCGGGACACACGCGAGCUUAACAACGGUGAAGUGCGUCAUGGCUAUACGUGUCUCUUUGUGGUGUGUGUGUGUGUGUGUGUGUGUGUGUGUGUGUGUGUGUGUGACUCUCGAUUUCGUUUGCAAUAUUAUGUGCUAGCCAGUACCAUGGGUAUCAAGGUGCCGAAGGCCCAACCUCGUUUUCGGGGCUCGCGUGACGACGGAGAACCCAUGCCGCUGCUUGAAACGCAUGCGCGGCAUGCAGAGCUUUGCGAGCGAGUGUUUGCACACACGCUUGCGCGCGCUUACAAGCAUCAGUGGCGGGACAACUUGUGGAAUCGGCUGCGUGUGUUCACCGCGGAUAGCAGUCUGGAGCACGGUACUGAGCCCGCGGCUCCCUCAUCGACGGCUUCGAGCGCAGCAACCCCCGUCAGCGAUGUUGGGGCAGUACGGCCCAAGCGAUCGGGACGCUUCUCUUUGUUUGGCCGUAAGGCAGGGCGUGUGGAGACGGCCACGGUCACAAGUGCCCAAGCUUCGGGCCUGAGUGCUGCGUCUCCCUCCUCAAGCAUCACGCUGCCCGUUAUUCCGUCAGCCGAUGAGACAGUUCAGGCUUGGGUGAUCGAGUUGUUUGUGCUCAGCCACCGCGUCAACUUGACCAGCACAGACGCCAGCAUUGCAGCCCUUGAGGCCAUGCCUGAACUGUGGCCCCACCUCUUAGUUGCUUUCAUGCGGCAUAUGCCUGGUCAAACGCUCCUGGUGGAGAAGUUGCGCGCACCAAGUGCGGAGCCACCAGUGAUGGAUAAGGAUUCCUCCAGCGGCCAGUUGAGUGAGGAGACAGCGCCGAGCGUUGUGGCCGUCGAGCAAUAUGUCCAAGAGUACGAUCAUUUAAUCGUGUUCAACGAUCAGGAGCAAGGCGUCGCCGUGGUCAUCACGCGGCUGGGCGAGCUGCUAAGAUUUCUGCUUAUUAUAAAGGAGCUUCCGCCAAUGGCCACGCGCCAGUCCUCCGGUGGCGCCGUGGCUAUGGCUCUUGCUGCAGCGACGCCUUCACCGGUUUCAGAGGAAGCACUACGUCAUGCGCAGGCAUGUGUUAAUGUCAUGCGAAUCAAGGAGUUUCAAAUCAGUUCUUCCAUGCCACACUCCUCGCGCUCAAAUCGCAUCCAGGGCGAUCGUCUCAAGACCUUGGGUUGCCAGCAGCCGAUCAGCUUCGGUUCUCGCUUUAUCAUCCCGAUGCAACACCUUCCUACGGGCGGCAUGGGAGCAACGCGAACAGCCCCUCGCGUAAUGGCUCAUGCCAGUCUGAAUCCGGUCAAUGAGGCCCGGGCCAUGGAAAGUCAGCCGCCGGCUGCCUCGUCGGCGUCAGCACCGGAGUCAACUACUGUCAUCGAGGCUGAGACGGAUGACUCGUCCCUCUUUCCAGCAGUGAUGGAACUUCGCCUUCGUUUACGGCAAAACCUGGUCCGGCUUAAGCUGUUGGCGCAGACGCAAAACUUGCGGGGGCGCCCACAGCCGGGCCCAGCGCGCUCGGCAGCGCACGAUGGAGCUGCGUCUGCGAAAUUGGCUGCCCAGGCUCGUCAACUCAAGGUGAGCAGCGAGCGUGAGCCCGCUGGCAUUGCAGCUCAAAACAUGGAUCAAGCAUGUCCCUGGCGCCGGUGCGACAUGCAGCCCGACUCCCUGAAACUUGAGGAGCUCCGAGACCUUUUGGAUCGCAUCGUUCUGGCGUUGGAACACCGUGAGGUCGAUGAUCAGGACCUUUUCGAGGCCGCACGGCACAUUGAGGCCACCUUGGGCACGCACAUGCCAGUUGCUGUGGCUGAAGAGAGUGGACGACCGCUGCGCCUUAAGCAGCUGGUGCUAUGCAUAGAUGCCAAGCGCGGCGGCCAGCCGAAUGGAAUGACCGAUUUCAUGUGCCAGCUUGACCGAAUGGUAAAACCUGCCGAUCAAGCAAGCCCGGCGACCCCAAUGAGCGUUACACCAAUGCCUCUCGAAGCCACAGACAAUCAGUCUGCCGAGUCGAUGGCGCCCAAUGGAGAUUUGGAGCAAAACAUCACGCUGUCUGCUGAGCAGCCGGUGCAGGGCGUCUGCGAGGCACAUGCUGGUGAGCCACCCAUGUCCUCGCUCUCCGCGGUCGACCCGAUGCACGACCCGUUGAGCAAGUGCACUGUGGCGCCGGUGCUCGAUAUGACAGCCGCUGCGGCGACCAAUACUUUAUCAACCGCGACCGACGAACUCCCGAAGAGCCCACGUAUGGGCACGGUGGCGAACCAGACGAAUCAUCAGCUGGCUGCAAUGCAUGAGCUUCGGCGCGAUCAGCCUGUUGCAGCGUCUGCACCUAUUUCAUCGCGGGAAGUGACACCUCAAGUGAGCCCGCCUGGGGCGUCGGCUAAUGUUCAGCUGCCACACGCCGAGACGAGGCCACACAUACCGAGCUCGGCCCGCGAGCAGCUGCAGCAGAGUCUGGCUCGCCUGCGUGCCCUCGAGCUGUCCUUACGCGAGCACGCUUCGAACCGCACAUCGGGAGCACUUCGUGCGCGGUCAAUAGAGCCUUCUUUUGCGCCAAAUUUGCCAUGCACACCUGGUGGGACCGGUAUGCCACCCGUGGCGUCCUGGUCGUCAACUUUGGACAGCGGCGUUAUCUACAGCCAACCACUAACUGCGAAUCUCCGAGGGGCAAAUGCGCCCGCCCACCCGCCCGCCCCGUCAACUGCUCAACGUUGUGAUCGCACACCCCUUUGUUUGUCGCCGGCUCAGCUGGCAUCCUUUGAGGCGUAUCGGGAGAAAUACCGAGAUUUUUGCCAGCAACGCCGGUGGAGUACGGGUGUGGCCAGGGCUGACAUGGAUGGCUUGGUCGAGGUCUUGUACGAUGAGCUGUUGCAUAUCGUUGCGAGCGAGACGAGCACUUGCUUGAACGAGGCAUUGGAUGAGCUUUUGGAUAUGGAGCUGCGCUUGCCCAGCGCGAUGGCAGGUGUGCGGGUGAUGCUGCCCCAGGGGUUGGAUCAGCAACCGGAGCCAGCUCUACGCGACACACCGCCGGUUGCCGAGGCGGGUCUGGAGGGUUGGGUGGCACACACGAGUUUGGGAGCCGAACUGACUGCCAGUCGCAAGGCCGAAGCAUUCCUGGCGGCAAGUAUGGCGCAGGGGACGCAUCGCCAGGGCCGGGAGGGACGACAGCAUUCAACAGGGUCAACGCAGAUGACUGCUGUUCAACCUGCCACACCCGAAGCUGUGCCGGCGGCCUCGAUGGAGCCAAGUCCUUCAGCAAUUUUGCCAUCCUCACCUACCAAGGAUCCUUCUCCAGAGCACACUUCAAGCUUUACCAAGGAUCCUUCUCCAGAGCACACUUCAAGCUUGGAUAUAUCUGAUGGAGAGGGCCUGCCUCAAGCGCCGACGGAGGAGCAUCCACGCCCGGUCUCGCCUUCUGGAGGAAAUGCAAUUGACUUUGACCAAUGGAGCCUUGGCUCAUCCGUAGGUGCCAAACCCGCCCAAGUGCAGGGCCAGGACGACCUGUCUGGCCUUCAGACGUCGCCGGCCAUACCGCCAAGGGUACAUGUGGAGGAGGCGGAGAGCCGAGCAUUGUCAGUGUCGGCGAGUGCUGAUGAGCCUGAGCCUUUGACGCAGGGGCAGUUGUCUUCUGACGCGCAGUUGUCAACACCUGGUGCGCGCUCCCUUCGGGAGACAUCGGUUCUGUCUUCUUUUUUCGGCUCGCCGCUGCCCUCGGGUGCGGCGCGGUCCAUCGUGGCUGAGGACUAUUCGAUGGAUUUUGAUGAAACCAACGGCGUUGCCUCAGCUAGCGAAGUACCCUCGGCUGAUACGCUCCGCUCUUUCCCGGACAGCGGAAGCGAGGAGGAGUUGGAAGACCCGUCCAGCGAGGCCGAUGCAACUAUGGGUUCAUGGCGGCUCAAGACCGCAACAACUGAGCUCCUUAGGUCGUCCCAUCGCUCCCCACCACGCAACUUUUUGCCGGCCAACCGGCCCGAUUUCUCCGAAUCCUUCGCCGGCCUGAGCACAGCGCGACCAGGAUCGUUUGCUGGAGGCUGGAGUGUUGACUCCGAUGAUGAUGUGGUGGCCGCCGGUCCGUACGGUGCUGGACCCAUGGAUGGCUUGGACAAUGAAACUUCGCUUUCCCAUGUCCAGCUUCUGCAACUGGCGUUGCGCAACGAUUUGCCCUUUCUGUUGCGGCCUGAGGGUCAACUCUAUGUUGUCGUGGCCCAGCUGCUGCCCAACGGGCGACCCUCCGUGCCACGAGUUGUAACGCUGCCGCCCGAUUCCUUUGCCAACGGCCUCGGUUUUGCCGUUAGCGGCGCGCAGCCGGCGGUCAUGGUCAGCGUCGAAGCUGGGGGCCGGGCUGAUCGAGGCGGCGCCAUGACUGAUGACAUACUUGUCGAGAUCUGUGGGCGAAGCUGUUUACACCUGAGUCACAGUGAAAUCAUACGCGAGGUGCAGCGUGCGGUUGCCGAGUUUGAGCCUCGCGUCAACAAUGGCGAUCGUGUGGGCAACAUUCGCCUAAAGGGCGAUUUUAUCGUUCCAUUGGACCGGGAGCGCCAGCAGCCCCUGGGGUAUCAAGAGCUAACGAUGGAGGAUUUGCAUCUCAACCUGGAUUCUCCGCCUCGCACACACGGUCACACGGAGCGCGAUCGACUGUUGGCUCGAGCUGCAGCGUGCGUGUACCUGAAAUCGGAGGUGGCCAUCACGCUGCAGUCACAGCCUGUCUCCGUGCGUGCAGCUGACCGACACUGCCUUUCUGUCGUUCUGGGCAUAGAAAACGGGGCAAGCCAGUUUGAUCCCGGAAAGAGUCGGUCCGGCCGCUCCACCUAUGAUUUCAUUCGCUCCGACCGAUCCGUAUGUGUGUGUGUGUGUGUCGCAGGUCGCUCGCUAACUCUCUCAGCCUCUCAGUCUCUCAGUCUCUGUCUCUCAGUCUCUCACAGUCUCUUGAAUCCACCAACGGGCACCAAGGCACAGCGACAGCUGCAGCGCCGCAGGAGCGGAAAACUGCCGAUCGCUUCCAUGCCACCCCAGCUCUCCACCACACCAACGCGACGCUUGCGCUUUUCAUCCAAGCCACCAGCCCCCGACGAGGCGCCUCCCCCAGAUGAUGCCGUCGACCGCGCCCGGGCCCGCCUGGCUCAGCUGACGCUGCCUGCUCACAUGCCUCAAAUCCGCAAGUACAAUGUGAUGCCCGAUGAAGAGAGUUUUCUUGCGACUAGAGUCACGGGUUGCGAUCUGGAGGGUGGUUAUGCCAUUGCGUAUGGAGGCACGCACGGGGAGCUCGGCUUUGUAUUCUUUCGCAAUCCUCCUUCAUCACGCCCUCAGCACGAUGCAGCCUCAGCUCAAGCCGACAUGGCCAUGGUGCACACCCACGAACGGUCUGCUUUGGUUGACCUGGGAUUCCAGUCUGCUCAGCGACGCUUGGUGGCCGUCAAUCAGGCCAAGGUUUGCAUUUAUGACAUUGAUCGAGCAGCUGCGCAGGCCGACGCCAGCGUAUCUCCUUUUAUCGCUGUGGGAACCGUCAACUUGCUUCAAAAGCCCACGUCACUGUGCCUAGUUCCUGACACCCCUGACGUGGGGCUGGUCGGGACUCGCCACGGAACCCUCUGGCACUUUGACAUGCGCAUGUCAGAUGCAGUGGCAGCAAGCAGUGCGCCGGCUCAUUACUUUACCAGUGUUAAGCGAAACCGGACGUAUCGAAGCGGCGCUUCGGUGACGAGCGUGUGUUUGGCUCCUGAUGGAAUGCACCUGGCCACAAGUGGGAGUGAUGGGUAUGUCAUUGGCAUUCGAAAUCCUGCGGCUUUGCUGCCUCGACUGAGUGAGCACCAUUGA